CUUUUUUUUUUAAAAAAAGAAAAGUGAUACAAGACAACUUGAGAAGAAUUUGCCCGUAUUUGGAAGUGUGUUUUUGCUAUUGUUGUUUUUUAAUGCAAGACAGACUUUAUAUUUUGUUUUGUUUUGUUUUUUUCUCUCUUUUUCAUAAGCUAUGGAAGAUUACGAAACAACCACGACUACAGAUUUACAAGGUCUAUACAAUGAUAUCGAACAUUUGAUAGAUGUUCCCUUUGACCAGUUUACAAAAGAUGUUGAACAAAAGAUUCCUGAAGAAACACCUCAAGAGAAUUAUGCUUUUGAACGCCCCAUUUUGAUUGAAAGUGAUAAUGAUGAUAUUGAAGAAGAACUAUGGACGCCAGAUCAAGCACACUAUGCUAUGUCUACAUGUUAUCGAUGCAAUAAACCCAUACCCUCACUUCAAUCGUCUAGUCUACAAUUAGUAGCUUCAGAAUUGAAUGUAGCUAACAUAUGUGCAGACUGUUUAAACAGAAAACGAACAAGAUCCAGAUCAUUUACAUUGGAUGGAAACAAUGUGUUGACUCACAGUCGAGCUUCUUCAUUUAUUGAAGAUGUUAAACAUCGAAAUUCAUUAUAUCAAGACUAUCAAGAUCAAACACCAGAUGUCAAAAAAAGACGAGCCAUAACAGUGAAGUAUUCGGUAUUCAUCAAAAACAUACAUCAACAAAACCAGGAUCCACUUAUCAAACAAUUGAUACAUUCAACCAUACAUCAAAUCCAACACAUGACUUUAGAUAAUGCCUACAUCGAAUGCAUGGAAUUACAAACAGACCUUGUGCCUUGGAUUAUUAAGCAAACACAAAAGGGCCCACCCGAUGCUUGGUUUGGUUAUGUUCCUCCUCCAAGAGAACCAAAGAAAUUCAUGGGUCUCUUUAAGCGUAAAUCAAAACAAGUGGAUGGAAACAACCUUCGAGCGCAGCAGCUUCAGUUGGGUGAUGAGCUAUUAAGUAGAACAACACCUUUGUUAAACCGUCAAUACAGCAAUAGUCAACUCUCAGUAUCUCCUGAUCCAAUUCAGCCAGUAUCCAUCUUGAAAAAGAAACUUCAAGCAGACACGUCAUCCCCAGAGAACAGUUUUGAAGACUAUGGACCAGAAGAAAUAGAAGACAUGUAUCAUGAAGCUCCUUAUAAUCAACAAAAGCCACAAGACAACGAUGCUAGCAUGUUACCACCAAGAAGAAGGCAAAGUUAUCGUUCUCUAGAACAAGACCAUCGUCCAGUAUCAAGUAGAAGAAAGAGAUAUUCUUAUGAUUACUUUGAUUUGCCAGCGCAUCCUGUUCGUCCACCUUCAAGCAGAAGGGUCUCUCCUGCUAGAACUAUCUUCCAGACUUGAUUAUUAUAGUCAGCAGCCAAACAAAACCCUUACAUGAUGAGGAAUGGGAACCACAUUGGAUGAUUAUGCGACUUGUUUCCUCGAAUGGACCGUCAUUAUAUCAAUGAAUUCCUAUGUCUGCUCAAGGCGAUUUUUUAUUGCCAAAGUAUGAUUAUGGAAAUAUUAUGAAGAUGCCUUAAAGAAAGAAUGAUGUAACAUGAGAAAAAUAAAAUUUAUC